CAAGAAAUCGUGAGUAAAGGGGAUAAUAAUGUGCAAAAGUAAUGAGAGAAAAAAAAUCUCAAAACCAAUCUCUCGACCCCGAGCCCUAUAAAGCACUCUCCCCUCGUCCUCUCAGCUAGCCUUGCUCAUAAGUCAUAACAGACAAACGUUCCUCCCUCUCAGUUCUCAUUCUUACACGAGAAGCAGCUUCGAGCAGCACCAACAAUGGUAUCUGCCGGCGGCCAUAUCGACAACGGCGACGACGCCGUGGACUUCCGCGGCAACCCGGUGGACAAGUCCAAGACCGGCGGGUGGCUGGGGGCCGGGCUGAUCCUGGGGACGGAGCUGGCGGAGCGGGUGUGCGUGAUGGGCAUCUCCAUGAACCUGGUGACGUACCUGGUGGGCGAGCUGCACCUCUCCAACGCCAAGUCCGCCAACAUCGUCACCAACUUCAUGGGCACCCUCAACCUCCUCGCCAUCGUCGGCGGCUUCCUCGCCGACGCCAAGCUCGGCCGCUACCUCACCAUCGCCAUCUCCGCCACCAUCGCCGCCUUGGGCGUGAGCUUGCUGACGGUGGACACGACGGUGCCGGGCAUGCGCCCGCCGCCGUGCGGGGACCCGCGGCAGAGCACGCAGCAGGAGUGCGUCCCCGCGAGCAGCGGGCAGCUGGCGCUGCUCUACGCGGCCCUGUACACGACCGCGGCGGGGGCCGGGGGGCUGAAGGCGAACGUGUCCGGGUUCGGUUCCGACCAGUUCGACGGGCGUGACCCGAGGGAGGAGCGGGCCAUGGUGUUCUUCUUCAACCGCUUCUACUUCUGCAUCAGCCUGGGCUCCCUCUUCGCCGUCACCGUGCUGGUGUACGUGCAGGACAACGUUGGCCGCGGCGUGGGCUACGGCGUGUCCGCCGCCGCCAUGGCGCUCGGCGUCGCCGUGCUCCUCGCGGGCACCGCCAAGUACCGGUACCGGCGGCCCCAGGGGAGCCCGCUCACGGUGAUCGGCUGGGUGCUGUGGGCGGCCUGGAAGAAGCGCAAGCUCCCGCUCCCCGCCGACGCCGGCGACCUCAACGGGUUCCACACCGCCAAGGUGGCCUACACUGACAGGCUCAGGUGCCUUGACAAAGCGGCGGUGGUGGACGAGGCCGACCAGCUGGGCGCGCCACCUCCAAGCAAGCAGCAGCCGGAGCAGACGACGACGUCGACGGCGACGGUGACGCAAGUGGAGGAGGUGAAGAUGGUGGUGAAGCUGCUGCCCGUCUGGUCCACCUGCAUCCUCUUCUGGACUGUCUACUCCCAGAUGACCACCUUCUCCGUGGAGCAGGCGACCCGCAUGGACCGGCGCCUGGGCUCAUUCGUCGUCCCGGCCGGCUCCCUCUCCGUUUUCCUCUUCCUCUCCAUCCUCCUCUUCACCUCCCUCAACGAGCGUCUCCUGGUGCCGCUCGCCCGCCGCCUCACGCGCCGCCCGCAGGGGCUCACCUCGCUCCAGCGGGUCGGCACGGGCCUCGCGCUCUCCACCGCCGCCAUGGCCGUCGCCGCGCUCGUCGAGAAGAUGCGCCGCCACGCCGCCGUGAAAGACCACGCCUCUCCACCAGUCAGCGCGUUCUGGCUGGUGCCGCAGUUCUUCCUGGUGGGCGCGGGCGAGGCGUUCGCGUACGUUGGGCAGCUGGAGUUCUUCAUCCGGGAGGCGCCCGAGCGAAUGAAGUCCAUGAGCACGGGCCUGUUCCUCGUCACGCUCUCCAUGGGCUUCUUCCUCAGCAGCUUCCUCGUCUUCGUCGUGGACGCCGUCACGAGGGGCGCUUGGUUGCCCAACGACCUGGACGCCGGCAGGCUUGAUCUCUUCUACUGGAUGCUGGCAUUGCUCGGGGUGGUCAACUUCGUCGUGUUCCUGGUGAUCGCUAGGGGCCACGAGUACAAGCCUAGCACGUCGGCCGUGGUGGCGCCUGCAGGGGAGGACAGCGGCAGCAGCGGAAAGGAGAUGGACGACAUGAUCGUGGUCAAGGAGAACGUUGAAGGGAUGGAUGUGUAGAGACUAGCUAGAGAGUGAAAGUCGUAGAAUUAAUAUGCAUAAAUGAGCGGUUUGUAUAUACGUAUAUCUUGUAUAUACCUCUGGUUGUUGGUACCGCAUGACAUUUUUAUCACCCCAUGUUUGCCCGGCGAUCUGUUGCUUCGGUUAUUCUGUCUGCUA